AUGUCGGGUCGAGAGUACUCGUCCGUCGCCGAGACGAAACGCCUCCUCGAUUUCGUCCUGGGCCAGGUGCGCAUCCCCGCCGACGCCGAGAAGAUUGCAAGAAACGUGCGCUUCUCGGCAGCUCGCAACCUGCCGUACUUCCCGAUCCCCUUCAAGGAGACGGAACUGGUCGCGGCCUUGAAGGCCAUCGAAGGCGGUGUGGCCGGUGCACUCGCGGCCACCAAGUACGGGACCGCCGGCGAGAACAGAGUUUCCGUGAACCUGGAGAAGAGCACGGCGUUCUUGAUUCAGGCAUAUCUCGCAACGGUCGCGGGCUAUGGCAAGCUGGAUCGUGAAGUGAAGCAGUAUUUGAAAGACACGGAUCUGCUCCAGGCCCAGUCGGACCCUUACCGCCGCAUGUCUGCCAACUUGUACGAGACGAAACGGCCAGGCGAAUACUACCACAUCCAUGGAUCCCUCGAGGCGUCGACCACGCUCCGCAUGAUCGGGUUGGAACCCUUCCGAUCGGACCUGAAAGACCACGACGCAAUCGUCCAGACGAUCGAGUCUCACGUCAAGAACUUCACAGUGGAGGAGCUGGAGCGUAUGAACGGCGAGAAACGCCAGGCCGGCGUCCCCGUCCUCAAGCACGAGGACUUUAUUAGAACACCACACGGCGCCACGAAUCUCAGGCUGCCGCCAUGGAGCGUCGACGUCCUGGAAGACUCGACGCCGCCCACGCCGCUGCCGAGCACGCCGGACAGGCGCAUACUGUCCGGCGUCAAGGUGCUCGAGCUGUGCCGCAUCAUCGCGGGGCCCGUCAUCGGCCGCAUCCUGGCCGAGUACGGCGCCGACGUGCUGAAGAUCACGGGCCCGGGCCUCAGCGACGUGCCCUUCUUCCAGGUCGACGGCAACAUGGGCAAGCGCGCCGCGGACCUCGACCUCAAGACCGAGGACGGGAGGCGGCGCUUCGAGGCCCUGCUGGCCGAGGCCGACGUCGUGCUCGACGGGUACCGCCCCGGCGCGCUGCAGAAGCUCGGCUACGGCGCCGCCGCGCUGGCCAAGCUGGCCGAGGAGCGCGGCCGGGGGUUCGUGUACGUGAGCGAGAACUGCUUCGGCUAUCAGGGGGAGUGGCGGCAGAGGCCCGGAUGGCAGCAGAUCGCCGACUGCGUAAGUGUUCCGGAGGACCGCUCGGCGGUGGGGAGAGGCCCCGUGAGCGGAGUGGCGUGGGAGCAGGGCCGCUUCAUGGGGCUCGACGAGCCCGUCGUGCCCCCGUUCCCCAUCUCCGACUACGGCACGGGAUGCAUCGGCGCCAUCGCCGCGCUGACGGGCCUCCACAACAGGGCCGUCCGGGGCGGGUCGUGGCACGCCAAGGCGUCGCUGCUCCAGUACGACCUGCUCCUCUUCAGGGCCGGGCAGUACCCGGACGACGUCAAGCGCGAGCUGCGGAGGCUCGCCGGCGACGAGUUCCUCGCGCUGAGGCACAGCCACAGCGUCGACCAGAUCUCGUCCACGGCGCUGCGGGCCAUGCGGCGGUAUGCGCCGGCGCUGUUCGGCGGCUCGUCGCCCGGCGUCCGGGAGAGGUGGUACGCCAAGGGGUACGGCGCCGAGAUCGAGGUCGUGCGGCCCGUCGUGGAGAUGGACGGCUUCGAUAUCGGGUUCAGGAGGGCCAGCAGGCCCAACGGCUCGGACGAGGCGAGCUGGGAGUUUGGGCCGGAGGAAGAUCACCGGGUUGGCAGCGCGAACGGUGUCUCUAAGACUUCAUGA